AUGAAGUACUCGGCUUUCUGUAUCAUCCUGCUGGCUAUCAGCGAGCCUCUACUCGUCCAUGCUAAAAAGGUGAUACUGGUGAUACCUCAACAGACGAGACGUAUGGGACCACCCUGGCGAUCUGUGGGUCCCCAACGUUAUAGGAAAUCGUCUCAAGAAGUUCAAUAUCAGAGAUACCACGGUCCUCCGGGUCAUUAUCAUCAGAAGAAACCGGUGUACGUAAAUCCACCGUUUCCACAUGGAGGAGACGAUUUCGAUCAAGGACACGAACGCGUGAACCACGUGCGGAUUCCUCAUGGAAAAGGUGUCAGUCACGCGGUUACGUACGGGAAGGGUUACGUACCUUACGAUCAGAUCAAGGGCACAUUUUCACUUGGCCGCGAGAGACAUCAAAGCCAACAGGAGCAGAAACCCCAGCAGUCAGAACCAGAGUACUCUUCAUCCUCCUUCACCUCAUCAGACGCCGACUAUUCACCUUCAGGACACUCCUACGAAUCCACGCAACCGGAAAUGUUCUUCCCCGACGCGGAGAGUGCUCUCAACUACAACGAAAGACGGAACGAUCGCCAAAAAUUCUACACCUCGAGAUCGAUCGACAAGGAUUCAGUGGCGAACGCUGCCAUGGACUUUUCCGGCGCUACGGACAAAGAUCAGCUGCUUCUCUUACAGCAGAGAGCUGCGGAACUCUACAAAAACGUGAUUUCUCCGCCACAAGGAGCUGUGAUAGUACCAGUUGGUGUUCCAACGGCCACCAUUGGCGGCAGCAAAGAGGGAAUUGUUCUGAGAGACACCGUAGCUUUAGGCGAAUAUCAACAGAAGCUGCAAGAGAUGACAAAAUCGUGGCCACAAUUUCAACCGAACGCAGUUGCUGCUUUGAGCAACGGCUAUCAGACUCAACAGGUGACAACAGGUUACUCGACAGGUGGUUCUCCAGCUUCCGGUUACACUGGCUCGAUCAGCUGGCCGCUGAAUUUCGCACAGCCGAAGCAAGGUUACGACGUUAAAGAAGAUACCAUGGAACCACCGCACGAUUUUAGAACCAUGCCUAUACAGACGUCUCCUUAUCACACUUUUCAAGUUCCUAUUAAUAUCGCGAUCCCGCAGAAUGUUCAUGGGAGAGUAGAUAAAGAACGUAACAAAGUAAUAAUUUUGAUUAAAUUAAGAGUUGGAGAUUCUUAUUGGCAGAUAUCCUUAGUAGCAAAGAUAGCAGAGCGUUUGACGGAAAAUAGGGAGGUAGAGAAAAGGUCAAUACAGUCAGAUAAGGAGUUCGCAGGAGUGCACAUCCGAACUAUAGAGCAUCCCUUGGAGAUUAAAAUGGCUACGCAUGAUGUCCAGCAACGUGAGUUCUUCUAUUCCAGUGAAAGAUGA